AUGGAAUCAAAUUGGUGUUCCAAAAAAGGUAGUCAACGAAGGGCAGCUGCUAUACCACCUCCUCCACCUCAGGCUCAACCACAAAGAACCGCAUCUGAAGCCCAUUCUUGGUUCAUGUCUUUCUUUUCUGAGUUUCAAUCCUUCCCUAAUGACAUGCGUAAUGGUCUUUAUUCUCUUCAGGAAAAUUACUCUUCCUUAGACCAACAUCUCACACAAAUUGAACAGGCACGAGAUAGUUCUUCUCAUGGUGAUUCUAUGGACACCAGCUCUAUACCUUAUAGUAAUGACUCUUUAGAAGAAGAUAAGGAGGAAAAUGAAGGAGAUAAGGAAGGAGAUGAUAAAGAGGAAGAAAUUGAAGAUGAUGGUACUGAAGAAACUGAAAAAGAAGAUGAAGCUUCUAAGGAAGGCUCCAAAGAAGAAAAUGAUGAUGAAGAUAGUACUAUUGGACCUGAUGCUUGA